AUGGAGGCGCUGCUGCGGCCGGCGCUGCCCGAGGACGCGGUGCGCUCCCGCCUGUUGGCGACGGCGGCGGGCCCAGGCGGCGAGGCGCUGCUGCGGCGCUGCGUUGAGCUGGCCCUGGUGCGCUUGGCCCCGCUCCUGGCCGCCUGCGUGUGGCAGCGGCAGCCGUUCCGCCUGCGCUACGUGCCGGGCCGCGGCGAGAUCCCGGCGCACUUGGGCGGCACCGCGGUGUUCGGGGAUAAGGUGGAGGAUGAGUGGUUCAUUGUGUAGCUGCUGCGGGACAUGAGCAGGGAGUUCGCGGGGCUGGCAGCCAGAAUUGAUGACAACGAUGGAGAGUUUCUCUUGAUAGAAGCAGCUGAUUUUCUCCCAAAGUGGCUGAAUCCUGAGAACAGUAAAAACAGGGUGACUUUCACUCGGUGUUUAUAUGCACAGCUGGUGCAGCAGCAGUUUGUUCCAGACAGACGCAGUGGAUACACCCUGCCCGCCCCAGCUCAUCCUCAGUACAGAGCCUGCGAGCUGGGCAUGAAGCUGUCUCAUGGCUUUGAAAUGUUGUGCUCCAAGAGCAGUAAAGUGGCUCCUGAUGCCAAGAGAAACGUGUUAAGCGGUCCUCUGUGGGAGAGAUUCCUCAGGAGCUUGAAGGAGAAGGAUUAUUUCAAGGGAGAAAUGGAAGGAUCAGCCAAGUACCUGGAACUGUUGCACAUGGCAGAAGAUCACUUCCAGCAAUCUGUUGCAGUGCCAGAAAGCUGUGAUGAAGUGAGCCCAGGUGAUGAAAUCCUGACACUACUACAGACAACCCCCAUUGAUGUGAAGGAAUUGGAGAGAGAAGCAGCUUUUCUUCCUGCAGGGGAUGAUGACAGCUGGCUGGAUAUUACACGAGGUGCUCUGGAUCAGAUGCUGAAGGAGACAAGAAAUGAGUCCCUUCCUUCCCCAAAUGAGGAGGAGCAAAACUAUGACUUGGAAACAGUUGCUGAGAGCAUGAAGGCUUUUGUGUCCAAAGUCUCCACGCAGGAAGGAGCAGAAGUUGGGUGA